UGAUUCAUCCUUUUGGUUGGAGUUGCGUAAACGUUAGGUUUCUUUUGAUUUAUUUUGCUUCUACACCUGCAUUGCUUGCUGUUUGGGGGUUUUAGGCUGGGUUUCUGUACAGCACUUUGAGAUAUCAGCUGAUGUAAGAAGGGCUUUAUAAAUCAAUUUGAUUUAUUGUUGCUUCCUGACGCUGUGUUUACACUGGUUUCCAUAUAAACAGUCUCUGGGUUACAUUUUAGCUCGUGCUAGUCGUGGGUUGCAUCUGAAAUAACAUACAAAUCCAGCUACCCCCUUAUCAAGAUCAAAACGGCAGCCCUAAAUAUUUACACGUAACAAAAAUAUAAACGCAGCAUGCAACAAUUUUAAAGAUUUGACUGAGUUACAGUUUAUAAGGAAGGACAUAAGUCAAUUUAAAUAAAUAAACUAGGCCCAAAUCUAUGGAUUUCAUUAAUGGGAAUACAGGUAUAUACAAAUCUGUUGGUCACAGAUACCUUUAAAAAAGGUAGGAGCGUGGAUCAGAAAACCAGUCCGUAUCUGGUGUGUCCACCAUUUGCCUCAUGCAGCGUGACACAUCUCCUUAACAUAAGAGUUGAUCCCGGCUGUUGAUUGUGGCAUGUGUAUGUUGUUCGAUACAUCUUCAAAGGUUGUGCAAAGUUUCUGGAUGUUGGCGGGAACUGGAACAUGCUGUAGUACAUGUCGUUCCAGAGCAUUCCAAACAAGCGCAAUGGGUGACAUGUCUGAUGACAGAGUCAUUGCAUUGCAAGAGGUCACCAUUCCAAAGGGUAUGGAGGCCACUACAGUUAAACAGAUCAUAACACAUUUGUUUGGAUUGAAUUCUGCUAAUGUGACACAGACAUUUAAGAUAAGAAACCACAAGGGCUGUCUGAUUCCAUUCAACAGCUUUAUACCGGUGAACAGCAAGCACAUGCCAUAUGUGCUGGAAGUGGCAACAGUCUUUCAGCAUGUCAUUCCAAAACCACGGACCAUUGCCAUGACAGUAAUCAAUAAAAGUAUGCGAACAAGACUACAAGGUGUUGUCAGAAGGAUAGUGAGACUUGAAGAACUGUUUCCUCAGAUUAAAUUAAGACGUCAUGAGAAAAUUUAUCAGGAAAUAGAGUUGCUGAACCAACAGUUGAGAUUUCUUCAUAAAAGAAUGCAGGUAAGCAUAAGUAUUGCUUAUGACAAAUCUAGGCAGAAGAAAAUAAAAAAUGUAGAUUUUCUGUUACUGCACAUAAGAUGAGGGUUUACUUUAAUCGAGCACAAAGAGGUGUGUACCACAGUCUACUGGCUAUGUUACAUUCAGAUUGUUUAUUAUAGAUGCAAUUAUUGUUUCAGAUGGCUGAUUCUCACAGCUGGAUGGGGAUGUUCAUCAGAACCCCUAUGUGGUAGAACAAAACACCUAGGCCCAACAUGUUUUAUGUACUUUCCAUUUGUUUAUACUGUCAAUUUUACCAUAGCCAUAUGAGCAGAUUUAAGAGUAAUGGUAAAUCUGGUUAAUAUAUAUACCUAUUAUGAUUUUGUAUUAUCUGAUGUUAUCUGUAGUGUAGCAUAUCUUGAAAAUGUAUGAGUUUGAGUGGUGUAGAAAAUCAAUUUGCUGUUGGAGAUACUUGGUAUAAAAUGUUCCCCCCCCCACCAAAAAAAACGAGCUUAUUAGUAUUUUGGGCAUGGUAGUUCCAACUAGCCUUUGUACAAGUCUGUUUGUGCGAUCAUUCCACCACCUAACAUGACAAGGAGUAGAAUGAUAUCACAAACAGACUUGUACCCACCCAGGCUACCUCCAAACCACUUGCGGUAUGAAACGAUUGGCAUGAUGCUUUAGUGCUUUGCACUGAUUGUGCAACCUUUACAUCCCCAUUACUGAUGAAAUAAAAAUGUUUUUUGUCAACUUUAUUGAUUUAGGAGGGGAAAAAAAUACUUCAUGUGAUUUUAAGUGAAACUCAAUGUUCUCAAAGUACCAAAAUAAAAUGUACUAAAAAAGUUGGGUUAACCUUUUAACUGGACAUUUCAGUCAAGCAUACAAAGAUACAUGAGAAGCUUUUGUCCCAUGAAUAGUUAUACUAAAUCCAUCGAAAGCAUUUGCUAUAUUUGGAACAUAAUUAACUACAUGUAAGGCAGUGUUCCCACCAUCUUUCUGCGCAAACCAAGUCAUGAGACAAAGGCAGAUAUUUAAAUAGCAUAGUGGCCUCAACUCAGGUGGUUAGCAAAUUGUUCUGGGAAUAUGCGAGUGCAAGGAAUGUAAAAUGUAUUAAAUACAGAUAGUACAAAAUGUCAUGUGAAUAGAGUAGUUUCAAAUCUAUUGAACUGUUGAGGAGUUUGUGUUCCUUGCCUAGGGGGACAUUUGACUCAUGCAAACAGUGAUUGUCCUUUUAAAGUAAGUAAACAGGAUGUCACUUGUCACACAAAAUAAAAAUGUAUUUGUAUGUAA